CAGAGGGCAGAACUUUCCGUCAGCAUUUGAGAGGAGCAGGAUAAUGUCUUGUUGCUAGUUUCACUUAAAGGAUUUUUCAGUUCCUGAGGUUAUUGAUUGUGCCAUUUGUCUAAUAGGGGUGAGAAUGCUGUCACAAAUUUUAUGGAUUUUGUAUUUCUCAUCAUUUUGCUUUUUUCAUCAUGUUUUAAUCAGGCCAGGUUCCUGUAAGGAGGAGGUAAAGUCUCCAAACAAAGCUACCCCAAAGUCAAUGUCUCCGUCAGAUUUCCUGGACAAACUCAUGGGACGAACAUCGGGGUAUGAUGCCCGCAUUAGGCCCAACUUCAAAGGUCCACCUGUUAAUGUUACAUGUAACAUCUUCAUCAACAGUUUUGGAUCCAUCACAGAAACAACUAUGGACUAUCGUCUGAAUGUGUUCCUACGGCAACAGUGGAAUGACCCCCGGCUGGCAUACAAAGAAUAUCCCGAUGACUCUCUGGACCUGGACCCCUCCAUGCUGGACUCGAUAUGGAAACCAGAUCUCUUUUUUGCCAAUGAGAAGGGUGCUAACUUUCAUGAGGUCACCACUGACAACAAACUGCUGCGUAUCUUCCAAAAUGGAAAUGUGCUCUACAGUAUUAGACUAACAUUGAUCUUGUCCUGUCCGAUGAACUUGAAGAAUUUUCCAAUGGAUAUUCAGACCUGCACCAUGCAGCUCGAAAGCUUUGGCUACACCAUGAAUGAUCUGAUCUUCGAGUGGCUGGAUGAAAGCCCAGUGCAAGUGGCAGAUGAACUGAUGCUGCCCCAGUUUGUUUUAAAAGAAGAGAAAGAUCUUGGCUACUGUACCAAACAUUACAACACAGGUAAAUUCACCUGCAUUGAGGUGAAAUUCCACCUGGAGCGACAGAUGGGCUACUACCUGAUACAGAUGUACAUUCCCAGCCUUCUUAUCGUCAUCCUGUCCUGGGUGUCAUUCUGGAUCAACAUGGAUGCAGCACCAGCUAGGGUGGGCCUUGGCAUCACCACGGUGCUCACCAUGACAACGCAAAGCUCCGGGUCGCGGGCCUCCCUGCCCAAGGUGUCAUAUGUGAAGGCUAUUGACAUCUGGAUGGCGGUUUGCCUGCUGUUCGUCUUCGCCGCCUUACUUGAGUAUGCUGCGGUCAACUUUGUUUCACGACAACACAAAGAGUUCAUCAGACUAAAGAGGAAGCAGAGGCGACGGAGGAUAGAGGAAGAGCUGGAACAACAGAGCCGUGGGUUCUACUUCCAUGGUUAUGGACUGGGUCACUGCCUCCAGGGAGUAGAUAGCACAGCUCUGGAAGGUUCCACAGUCUGCACCACACCUCCACCUAUUCCCACGGUGUAUGACAGCGAUGACAUCUGCAAGAUGUUUGUGGACCGUGCCAAGAGGAUUGAUACCAUAUCUAGGGCUGUCUUUCCAGUUAGCUUUCUCAUUUUUAACGUCUUCUACUGGAUGACCUACAAAGUGCUUCGAAGUGAAGACAUCCACACCUCUUUGUAAGACGCUGCACAUGACACCAUAUGCAGAUACAU